CCCAUACUUACCGUCGUACCCGUGCUUUCAGUCAUGGAACCACAGAUUACCACUGCCAACCACUGUUUCGCGAAACAGUGGUUCCUUUCACCACUUCCUAUAGGUACCACUGUCUUACCACUGUUUACCACUAUCUUUACCACUGAUACUACUGUUUACCACUGUCAAGAAAGAUAAUGGUUUACAGUGGCACUGUUUACCACUGUCAACCACGGUUAACCUUGUUGGCAUUGGUUGGCACUGGAUUUCUCCAACCUGAUCAAUGUGGAGUUGGGGUAAUAUCUGUUCUUGCAUUGGUUAAUGCACUUCUCGCUCACAAGAAUCUUUUCGUAAACUUCGCCCUCACAACAAUCUUUUCGUAAACUUCACACGACAGCUCUUUGGGAGCUGAGCACUCUACUCGCAAGAACAUGGCACGGAUCGGACAGCAUCUAUCUACCGCUACCUUUACCGGUACAGUACUUACGAGUGUUCGCCGGCGCCUUGUGCAGCAUUCAAGGUUCUGGUCGAACCAGCGCCAUCACGUGGACAGGCAGAUACAUGAUACAUGUAGCGGGCCAAAGGUGCAUCCCCGACAGUUAUCGGUAGCUAGUAGAUGAAGGCAUUUUGCAACUCCUGUUACGGGGCCCGUGCCGACAAACAAAAGUUCUUGUGAUGGAGCUCAUGUUAAUCGGAUUGCUUCUCGAUCGAAUGAUGUUCGCUCCAAGCUCACAAAAGCGAAGGCCCAGCCUCAACGAAUUACCGUCUGUAAUAGGUCGCUCGCUUGCUUACUUACUGAGCAUUUAUUUUUCAAUUCACUGCCAAGAUCAUCAUCGUUCGCCAUGGCCCCUCCGAUGCCGUCUGCAAUUCGUGCCCUACUCUACCAAGACUACGACCCGGAAGAUGUCAAAAUCUUGGAUCAAUUCAAAAUGGGAGCUACCGUCGAGUUUGCACAUGGCCGAGGCACAUUCCACAGCCACUUGGAGGGAACGUAUGGCAUCCUACAUGCUUGGGGGCAACCACGGGCCGUGUGCCGGGCAGGAAUGACGCAUUCUGUGUACUCAGGUGAUCUAUUCCAGUUCUUUUUGUGGGACGCCGCCCGACAACAAGACAGAGAAACACUUCAGAGUAUGAUUGGUUCGGAAGCGGAAGGACUGACCUAUCUGUUUGGUACCAUCAACCGAGCCGAACUGGGAGGACUCGAAAAGGCCAUGGAUGCCGACCAAUCCAUGGCGCCUCUUUCACAAUCCACCAUUCCUGUCAAGAGUCGUCUGGAGGGAACAACUACAAUCUCCCCCGAGGAAGCAGCCAACAUUCUCAUCAUUACCGUGGCUGAUUAUUUGGAUCAAAUGGUGGAUACAAAUGGUUGGCGAGAUCAUCAUCAGGUGGAGAUGAUGGAUUGUCUCUACCCUGGCGACGGGCGCCCUGCGGUAGCUUUGCAUUGGUUCUCCAAAGUUUGCCGUGCCAUUCGAAGCAACCUAGCAGUGAUUCCACCCGUCUUCAACCACUGUACAGCCGUUCUUUCCAAACAAGAUGAAGUGCAGGCUCGGGAUGCCUACUGGUAUGUGACCUUGCACGAAACGAGCUUGUCCAUGGAGGAGCAGAUUGCCCAUUUGGAAAAAGCGGUCCGGCUGAAUCCAUUUGUAGGAGAGCCCCACUUGCUGCUAGCCCAGUUGUACAUUCGGCAGCAAAAGUACGCCCUUGCCGUUCGGGAGGGUCGCAAGGCUUUGACCAAAAUGUAUGCUCUUGCAAGUGCUUGGGAUAAGCGACGGACAUAUGCCCAGUGGGUUGGAUUUGCCCGCAUGACCCUUCUGCGAGCCAGCAGAUUGGAACAGUGCCUGCCUCAUUUGCCGAUUACACCCGAAGCGCAUGGGCUUGUGUCCUUACACCAAGUUGUUGCAGAGCUUCGUGUGGACGCAGAAGAAUAGUUCAUUAAACGUUCACGUAGGUUCGAUCUGUUUACUCUAGUCUCUCAACUCAACUCAACUGCUGCCAGGUAGAAGUAGAGGCACAUACAUUUUAGUGAAAUUGUUUCUUGUUUUCAAGGUGGCAACAACCACGAAGCAGCCAUGAAGAAAGAAACAUACAUAGCUCAUGAUGUUUGUUUGGGGUUUGGGAUUGAAGAU